AUGGUGCUUGAAGUGAUGAAGAAAUGCAUUUUGUCAGUUCCAUACAGUCGGAAACUGGGUGAGGUUGUCCGAAAUGUUUUACUUUCUGAUUCUUCCAUUCACAAUACUCUCUUUCACAUUGUUUGUACUACUCCACAAGAUUUGGAGAAAAUAUAUGUCAGCCGCCUUUACGAUCUGAUGGAGAUUGAAGGAUUACAGUUGGCUAUAUCUUCCGCUUUGGAUAUCCUCUUCAGCAUGCUUUCUGAUCUCUCAAAGGAUAGCCUCCCUAGCCUUUCGGCCUUUCAUCAAGUGAUGCUGUCAUCCACAACCAAACCCAUUCCAGUAGUUACAGCAGUGAUAUCAUUGAUUUCAUGCUUCAGGAAUCCUGUAUGGCUCUAUGGCGACAUGUUGUUUUUACGUCUAAAUUUUUUGCUUUUCACUUACUUUUCCCAGUAG